AUGGUAUUAUUUACCCCAAAGAAGCAGAGCAGAAGCACAGAGAAGCAAAUUGGGGGAACAACCGCCGACGAACUGCUUUUUCGGUGGGGACGUCAUGAUGGUCGCAGAGCAGGGGACAGCAACUUUGUUUUACUAGGAGGUGCAUGCAAGAUGGCUAGCGACGGCAGGCUCGCAGCGAAUCACAAUGGUAGAGAGCUGAUGAGGUUGGGAGUGGCAGCAGCAUCAUUAUGUCACGUAUUCGAAUAUGCAGACAAAGCGAUAGGCGAUGAUGAGCGAGGCAUCCUGACGGCGCAACUAGGUAGCAUGUCGUGUGCUCUGGUCGUGGACGGGCAGCACGCCGACAGCGCGCGCAAGUUUGUUCGAGGCAGGCUGUUUGCAAUUUGCAACAACAAUUUGACAGGCACAGCGGGCGCCGUUACUGCUUGCGGCAAAGGCCAACGGUAUUGGAAGCACUUUAGAGAUGUUUUGGCGUAA